AACGACCACAUCAAAUGUCAAAUACUCUAGUGAAUCAGCUGAUGGGUGUUUUUGUAUUGUCGAAAUAUAUAAAAUUGUAAAUCUCUGAAAAUUCCACUAUGAGGCGACGCGCAGGUGUUGGUGCUAUUCAAAAACAGAGGCUUGAACAGGAGAAAUAUCGCGAGAAAGGUUCUGAAAUCCAAGAAAACCAGUUUCAACAGAUGUCGAAACAACUGGAAGUGUUUAGGGAAAACUUGGAAGAGUUUGCUACUAAACAUAAGAGUGAGAUAAAGAAGAAUGCACAGUUCAGGAGGCAGUUUCAGGAGAUGUGUGCCGCUAUCGGUGUAGAUCCUCUCGCUUCUGGCAAAGGGUUUUGGUCAGUGUUAGGCAUUGGUGACUUCUAUUAUGAGUUAGGAGUGCAAAUAGUAGAGGUGUGUCUAGCAACAAACUAUAAGAAUGGAGGCCUCAUCACUUUGGAAGAACUUCGGACAAGGCUUAUAGCAGCACGAGGAAAAGCCAAAAAACAUCAAGACAUUACCAAUGAAGACCUCCUAGCAGCUGUUAAGAAACUUAGGAUAUUUGGCAAUGGAUUUACAGUAGUGCCUAUAAGCAAGGGUAAGUGGUUGGUGCAGUCAAUCCCUGGAGAACUGAAUCUGGACCAGACCCUUGUCCUACAGAAGGCAAGCUCUCUGGGUACUGCGUGGGUGUCUGCUAGUAUACUCAAUGCUGACUUGGGAUGGAAUGACACAAGAGCCCAGAAUGCACUGAACCAUAUGGUGAAGGAAGGCCUAGCUUGGGUAGACACUCAGGACUCGAAAGAAACCUUAUACUGGUUUCCAAGUAUGUUCGCUGAGUGUGUGUCUGCAUAAAGUGCAUAAAAAGAUAUAUCAUGAUUAUGUGUUUUAAGGUAUGAAUUUAAUUGUUAAAUUAGAUUGUUGAGGUUUAUAAUUAUUAUUAAAGUAAAGUGUAAGAAAGAUAUU